AAGGAGGAGAAAAAGCGAGUAAACCUGACAAAGCGUCUGCCUAAAACACUGCGAGGAGUGUCGGCGAAGAGAAGAGGACGCACGCUGAUGGAUUUGAACCCAUUUUGCAUCGGACAUCUGUAUUUUUGGACCUCUUCAUCUCACAUCCACCCUCGCGCUGACUUUCCUUUGCGCUGACAAGUGCACGGCUGGAUUGUUUUUGCGCCUUGGAAGAAGAAACUUAGUGACGAGGAGGAAAGUUUCGGGGCUGCUGCUUCACUGUGCCUUUUUUGUUUUGUUUUGUGUGUGUGUGUGUUUUUUUUUUUUUUUUUUUAACUCCACUUCCACGGAUGAAACGUGUCGAAGUGGCAUUUCUUUGCAUGGCAGCGGACUACUCUGCUCGGAAUAUAUUUCUGUGAUUUGAUCUGAGUGUGGAUUAGUCAAAUCCAAACAGAUUUUCUUUCCUAUGAGCGCUGGGGAGUUGCGAGACAUUCCUCCGUCUGGAUUGAGCCCAUGUUCUGUCCUCCCUAAUCCGCGUAUGCCAAAACAGAGCUCCGCGAUUUUACUCCACUCUGCCCAGGUGACCGGGUGAAUUCCAGUGCGUGACAGUCCGACCCGGCAGCAGUUGAUGGUUGGGCGGACCCCCUCAGAUGGGAUCAGUGUCCAGGGGGCGGCGAAGACGGGGGGUAUGGGGAGCGCUGGCCCCCUCUAACGGGAUGGCCUCGUGGGCCCGGCUGCUGGUUGCCGUCCUGCUGUCCCUGCUGACUGUCAGCGUGGCCCGGCCACCCCUGACCGCCGCCGAGGAAGAGGCGGUCACUCUGGAACCUGAAGACGCAUCGAACAAAUACCAAAUUUCUAAACCCACGGUGUGCUCUGUGCACCCGGGGGAGGUGUUGAAACUGAGCUGCCCUCUGCCGGCAACGGGGACCAUCACCUGGACCAAAGACGGCAGCUCUCUGCGCUCCAACAACCGCACACUGAUAGAGCAGGAGGUGCUGCAGAUCCGUGAUGCCACACCCAAGGAUUCUGGGCUGUAUGCCUGCACCAGUGUGGGCAAAGACACAGUCUGCUUCAUAGUCAAUGUCACAGAUGCCAUCUCGUCGGGGGAUGAUGAGGAUGAUACAGAGCGAACAGAAGACACAGGGGCGGAUGGUGAACAGCUAAGCGCCCCAUACUGGACUUCGGCUGCAAAGAUGGAGAAGAAGCUGCAUGCAGUGCCAGCUGCCAACACAGUCAAGUUCCGCUGUGCUGCAGGAGGCAACCCCCGGCCCAAGCUGCGCUGGCUUAAAAACAGCAGGCCUUUCCGCCAAGAGGACCGCAUGGGAGGUUAUAAGGUACGAAGUCAGCACUGGACCCUUAUUAUGGAGAGUGUGGUUCCGUCAGACAAAGGCAACUACACCUGUCUGGUGGAGAACGAGUUUGGAUCCAUCAGCCACACGUACACCCUGGAUGUUGUGGAGCGCUCCCCUCAUCGGCCCAUUCUACAAGCUGGCCUGCCCGCCAACACGUCCGUCUACGUUGGGGAAGACGCCCGCUUUGUCUGCAAAGUGUACAGCGACGCUCAACCUCACAUCCAGUGGCUGAAGCACAUCACUCAGAACGGCAGUCGCUAUGGCCCCGAUGGGCACCCUUAUGUCAAAGUGCUAAAGACCGCGGGUGUAAACACCACAGAUAAGGAGAUAGAAGUUCUCUACUUGCCCAAUGUAACAUUUGAACAUGCUGGGGAGUAUACGUGCUUGGCGGGUAAUUCUAUUGGGAUCUCCUAUCACACUGCUUGGUUGACGGUGCUUCCAGCUGCAGAGAAAAACGUGGAGCCCCUUUCUCCCGAUUAUGUGGAGAUAGCCAUUUACUGCGCCGGCGUCUUCCUCAUCGCCUGCAUGGUGGGCAUCGUGGUCGUGUGCCGCAUGAGGAACACGGCCAAGAAACCGGACUUCAGUGGCCAACCUGCAGUUCACAAACUGAGCAAACAGAUCCCUCUGCGCCGCCAGGUGUCGGCUGACUCCAGUGCUUCGAUGAACUCCAACACGCCACUCGUACGCAUCACCACGCGGCGGAGUUCUGCACACGAUGACCCGAUCCCCGAGUACGACCUUCCUGAAGAUCCGCGGUGGGAGUUUGCAAGGGAGAGGUUGACCCUGGGCAAACCGCUCGGUGAAGGCUGCUUCGGCCAAGUUGUAAUGGCAGAAGCUCUUGGCAUCGAUAAAGACAAACCCAAAGAGGCUGUAACUGUCGCUGUCAAGAUGCUGAAAGAUGACGCCACCGAAAAGGACCUGUCUGACCUGGUGUCGGAGAUGGAAAUGAUGAAGAUGAUUGGGAAACACAAGAACAUCAUCAAUCUGUUGGGGGCCUGCACACAAGAUGGCCCCCUGUAUGUAAUCGUGGAGUAUGCUUCCAAAGGUAACCUUAGGGAGUACCUCCGAGCCCGCCGACCCCCUGGAAUGGAGUACUCCUACGACAUUGCCCGUGUCUCUGACGAACAGCUCACUUUCAAAGAUCUGGUCUCUUGCACUUAUCAAGUGGCACGGGGCAUGGAGUACCUUGCAUCCCAAAAGUGUAUACACAGAGACCUGGCAGCCAGGAAUGUCCUGGUCACAGAAAGCAACGUCAUGAAGAUCGCUGACUUCGGCUUGGCCCGCGAUGUCCAUAACAUCGACUACUAUAAAAAGACGACCAAUGGUCGUCUUCCUGUGAAGUGGAUGGCUCCCGAAGCGCUUUUUGACCGGGUCUACACUCACCAGAGUGAUGUGUGGUCCUUUGGGGUACUUAUGUGGGAGAUCUUCACCCUAGGGGGUUCCCCGUACCCUGGCAUUCCUGUAGAAGAGCUCUUCAAGCUGCUCAAAGAGGGCCAUCGCAUGGACAAGCCUGGCAACUGCACCAACGAGCUCUAUAUGAUGAUGAAAGACUGCUGGCACGCCAUCUCAUCCCAUAGACCCACCUUCAAGCAGCUUGUCGAGGAUCUGGAUCGCAUUCUCACCCUCAGCACCAAUGAGGAGUAUCUGGACCUGUGCACCCCCACAGAGCAGUAUUCUCCAAUCUUCCCCGACACUCGCAGCUCCUGCUCCUCCGGCGAUGACUCUGUGUUCUCACACGAGCCCUUACCGGAUGAGCCGUGUCUCCCUAAGUAUCAGCACAUCAAUGGCAAUAUCAAAACAUGAGUUCCCCCCUGCAAACUCAAAACACACUCAGCAGAGACACCUGCCUUGAAAUUCUCCCAGCUUCCUGGCCAGCCCCAUUUGGUCCACCUUCUGGCUUCCAGCUGACUUAUGGACCCCAUCGGGACCAGGCUGGCAGCAGCGCUGUUGCACUGCCAUUAGCAUGUACUACAUCUUACAUGCCCUCGUGUCUUAAGUGGAUAGGGACCCACGCAAGCUGAGCUUUUUACAGACUGGAUGAACUGACAUUCUCAAGGGUCCUUAUCUCUCGUUCUUCAUAUCAAGAGACUUUUUUUUUUACGUAUACAUAAAUAUCAGUUUGUACACAGAGGUUUGGAAUGUACAAUGUUUGGAGACCUCAUUCCAGUGGCUGGCAUUCCAAGACUUUUAUUUGCUCCUGGAGGAAUGUAUGGACCAAUAUGAACUUAAAGAAGAGGACUAAAAAUAGGAAAAGGACUAAGAGACAAAGCUUUGACUAACAAAACCGAGGAAGAGGAAAGCGCACGUAGAAACUGCUUUCCUGUUUAUUUUGUAAUAUUGAUGCCUUUCUUUUUCACUUCUAUUUCCCAAUUAUUCUAGUGAAAAUGUUCACAGUAUAAUGCGUAGUUCUGGGUAUAUUUGUAAAUAUCUUCAAAUAUGUAUAAAUAUAUAUAUUAUAUAUUUACAAUGAAUUAUUUUUUGUAUGGACUCAAAAAUAAAAAAGGUACUUACCCCACCUUACACCACCCCCCUCCACCCAGCUUGGAGUAAUAGGUAGGUUUGCACACAUACACACACACACACACACACACAAACACACACGCACGCACACUUAAAACCUGUCCCACACUCACUCAGUAACACAUGGUUAAGUAUUGGCUUUCAGGGACUGAGGUAGCAUGUUAAUUUAUUGACUUGUGAUGUUUGUAUUAAUGAGUAAGUCUGGAGAAAGAACAAAAUCAAUGUGAUGUUAUUAAUAAUGAAGAUAUCUAAAUAAUCCUUGAAAUGUAUGGUAAUUUAAAAAUGAUUUCUCUGCAGUAAAGAAAAAAAAAUGCAUAUUUUUAGUGGAUUUGACAGAACCAUGUUUUCUAAGUUUUAUAUAUGUGAAUAUUAAGUUAAAUUUGGGAAAUUUGUGUACAUUUUUUAGCAAGCUAAUUCAUUUCUCAUGUAGACCUUGAUGGCAUUUUAUAUCCAGACCUUUAACCCUUUUGUAGGUUUACUUUAGAAAAUGAAAGUUUUCUGGAUUGACUGCUCCAGGUUCAAUGACACGCUAAUUAUCCGCUGCCUCUUUUAGUUUAAACCUAGAAUCCAACUUAACUUGACACAAUCGAACACUUAGAGUAUGAAAUCCUUAAAGUGGUUUUAUUUUCUACUGGACCAACAUUAAGCUGUUCUGUUGCAGAUGUUCUUGUCACAUUUGCAAAUAAAUAAUUAAAACCA